AUGCUGUCUCCAGCAGUCGACUUGGAGAAGGGGGAAAUCAAUCAUCCCUCCCCAGUGGUGCCGCCAUCCACAGAGGGAGUCAAAGACGACAAGGAAGCCUUCCUAGUCCGGUUCGAAAAGGACGAUCCGGAAGAUCCCAAGAACUGGCAUCCAUACUACCGGGCAUGGCUGGCGGUGGAGAUGGGGAUGCUGGCCCUGCUGGGCUCAGUGGGCUCGUCAAUCAUCACGCCCGCAGAGCCAGUUCUAUCAGUAUACUUGGGUGUGGACCGAGAGACUUCAGUUCUUGUACUGUCGCUUUUCGUUCUAGGAUUCUCGUUCGGUCCGUUAGUGUUUGCCCCGAUCAGCGAGGUAUAUGGACGCAAAUGGUCGAUGCUGCCGGCAGUGUUUGGUCUUGGAGUUCUCAGUAUUGCAACCGCCGUCAGCAAGAACGCAGCGAGCGUGUUCGUUACUCGUUUUCUCGGUGGUGUUUUCGGGGCGGCACCCAUGAGCAACGUCUCAGCCGCUCUGGGGGACAUCUACCCGCCCCAAACGAGAGGCGUACCCAUGGCUUUUAUGGCGAUGUGUAUCGUGGGCGGUCCGACAAUUGCUCCUCUCAUCGGGGCGGCGUUGACAGUCAACCCGCAUCUAGGAUGGCGUUGGACAGAGUAUAUAGAGGCUAUCAUGGCAUUUAUCGUUCUCGUCAUCUCCUUCUUUUUCCUGCCCGAGACGUACGCUCCGGUCCUGUUGAAACGCAAAGCCCGGCGCCUGCGCGAGAGUACUGGCGAUCAGAGAUAUUGGCACCCGAGCGAGAAGGACAGAGUGACUCUGAACAACAUUGUGACCAAACAUCUAAGUCGACCUUUGCUAAUGUUCUUCACGGAGCCCAUGGUGACCUGUAUUGCGUUCUACGCCUCGUUUGUGUACGGCCUUCUCUUCCUAACGCUUGAGGUAUUCCCAAUCGUCUUCGAGGAUCACCGGGGAUGGAGCACGGUUGUGUCCACUCUUCCAUUUCUCGGCAUCUUCGUCGGUGUCAUAUUCGCCCUGUUUGUCAACAUCGCCAACCAGCCUCGGUAUGCAAAGGCCGUGGCUGCGAACAAAGGUCGUGCGGUCCCCGAGGCCCGUCUCCCUCCCAUGAUCCUGGGAGGCGCCUUGUUCUCAACCGGUAUCUUCUGGUUUGGCUGGACGGCGGCUCCUAAAUAUCACUGGAUUCUUCCAGUGACCGCAGGAGGAUUCAUCGGCGCCGGGUUCAAUAUCGUCUUCCAGCAAUGUAUCAACUUUCUUGUCGACACUUACGGACCAUACGCGGCCAGUGCGGUCUCCGGGAACAACUUCCUACGCUCUUUGCUUGCCUUCGGACUGCCUCUGGCUGCCAGACCGAUGUUCCUUAACAUGGGCGUUGGCCCGGCAGCGAGUGUGCUGGGGGGGAUCUCUUGCCUGGCUCUACCUGUUCCCUUUCUGUUUAUGAAAUAUUCGCUGCGACUGCGCAGGAUGUCCAAAUUUGCUCCUGUAAAUGAGUAG